GACAAAGCAAACGUCAGUCAUGGCAAUUCUUCAAGACAUUACCAUGGUUACUAGAACUCAGCACUCCAGAGUAGACAUUCUGAAAAGAGGCGUUGGGAUGGCUUUCUUCAACUUGCAUCUGCUAGGAUAUCAGCAUUACUUUCGACAUAAAAAGAAAACCACAACUGAAGGAACAGACCAGAAGGAUGCAGUAUCCUCUAGGUUUCCCCCAAUUGUCUCAGAAGAUGGUAAUUACUCCAUACACCAGAAUAGCCACUCGAGGUACCAUGAAGCUGUACGGAAGGUGUUGUUAAAAACAUUCCCCAAUCAGGUCUUCAGAGUCCCAGUGACAGAUGCUCAGAACUUCAGCUUCUGGCGGACCCACAGUCCAGGCGUGCGCCCAGAGGACACAGCACCAUGGAUCCGGGCUCCACGCCACUGUCGCAUUAAAAGCGCAAUGACCAGAUACAUGGACCAUACUAUUCUCAAUGACAAAACCUUCACCCCAUACUGAGGAGGACAGGCUUGCAGGACGAGAUGAAGGCUGGAAGGGGUGCAAGGAGGGGUGAAGAUGGCCAAGUCCUCAAGCUGGGGGGGGGAGGGUAUAGAGAAAGCAGAAUAAACAAACUGAA